GAAAAUUAAUAAUUUUUAAUUUAAUAAAAAAAUGAACGUCGUUUUAUCAAAAUGUGAUCCUGUAAUCACCAAACUUGGCCUUGAUGAUAUUGAUCAAAUGGAAAUACUCAAAGCUCCAUGUGCCAAAAUCGGAGUUAGACCUGCUCAUGCUGUUUUUAUAGGGGGUUCUAUUGCUUUUUUCAGUAUUUUACUUGGAAUUGCAGCACGUUUUCUCUCUUCAUUUAUUUGUAUUGUCUAUCCUGCUUAUAGAAGUAUUUAAGCCAUUGAAUCAAGAGGUAUUACUAUAUUAUUAAUCAUAGAUAAUAGUAAUGAUGACAAACAAUGGUUGACCUAUUGGAUCUUAUAUUCCAUUAUCACUUUGGCAGAUUCUACUCUUGGAUUUGCUUUAGAGUUCAUUCCAUUCUAUCAUAUCCUUAAAUUAGCUCUAUAUGUUGCUUUAUUCCACCCAUAAGUUAAAGGAGCUGAAAAAUUAUAUGAUUCAGUAUUUAUAUCUAUAACAUCUAGUUUGUUGCACCAUUAUAUUAAAAACACAACUAAUAAAUUGAAAGGGAAUUUGAGAAACUUAAAGAUGGAAUCAAUUAGAAAUUUUAAACAAAUAAAUGAGUCAUUUAAAUAUAGCCACGUAUAUAUA